AUGACUUUAUCUGAGCGCUUCAAGGAGUGAUCAGCUUUUCAUGUGGCAAUAUCACAUCAAGUUAUGACUCUACUGCAUGCACUCUACUGCACUGUGAAAAUCUCUUUAAAAAUCCUUCGGUUUAUCAGUAAAGUUUAUUUGGAUUUGCUGCGCAAUGCGUAAAUAAGCGGGUUUUAAAUUCAUCUGGAUGGUGCCGUUGUUACAGUGCCCGGCUUGUUGAAUUUUGUCGGCCAUGAACUCGCACAAUGUCGGAGUGGCGCACAAUCCAGCUAACCGGUCUACUACAUCCGUGGCGCCGCUCCAGUACGUUUCCUGGAGGCGAGAUGGCUUUUCAAUAGUAUCUGGAUAAGAAGAUGGACAACCUGGACCUUAAAUCAUCGUGUAUAUGGUUGUUUAAGAUUGCCCUUGGAUGGUUUUGGCAAAAAGGUGAAAAUCAAAAUAAGUACGUAAGCCUUUUGCAAAAUUUUUUAAGUAAAGUCUCCUGUUAUUUGUGUCUGAUCCCUCGUUUUGUUGACUGGUACGAAGCUAACAUGGCUCCUAGAGAGUAUCGGCAGUUAGCUAUUAAAGCCGUAUGCCGGCCGGUUCGCUAUCACAAUCCUCAGCCAGGGCCCCGCGAGAACACGCCGUCACCAAUUGAAAAUCAUCCCUCUACCAGUUCCGGUCUGAGAAGAACAACGGCGGAUCCAACAUAUGCAGCAUCAGCGUUUUCGCUGUUCUGUGUAGCAGAGCGUCCCGGUGUGAUAGUCAAUAAUCCGGCGAUGGAUUCCGAGCAAAUUGACGAAGAACUGGCCAGAUUAUGGAGAGAGGCCAAUCCGUCAGUCAAGGCAAGAUUUGUCCAGAUGGCCGCUAGAAAUCACCGGCGACAAAAGAGAAACAGAACUGUUGACAGAGAAAGGCGAAUUAGAAAACCAAGAAAACGUCCGCAGUGAUUUAAUAAUUAUUAAAAUUAUGGCUCUUAUAAAAAUUGAUGUGGAAUGCUUUGCGUCUUAUCAAACGAGAAAUGAAUUUUUUACUGUUGUUCCGGCAUCAUGCAAAUACGGGUAAUUGUGCAGAACAAAAACGGGUAAACGGGUAAUUGUGUACGUAUAUUGCACAAAAAUAAAAGACCUACUCUGUG